ACAAUCCUCCAUAUCUUUUCACACGUAAUACUUCAAUGCUAAUAUUCUGCGCUUCGUCUGUAAUACAACAUAAAGAUGCAUUGAACGAUAAGUCUGUUGUGUAGUUCAAUACCGGCGAAACUAAUGUCUGUUGAACACUGUUUUAUGGGUUAAUGAUUUCCUUUUCUUCGAGCAAAAAGUAAAUUCAUUGUUUAAUGAACUAUGUUGAUAAAUCAGGAUUCACAGUGGAACGAUAAUACUGAAUCUGAACUUCAACAGACGUUUCCAGAUUUUGAAGUUAUGGAUUCAGAUUGUUCCCUUUUUCAAGACGAUUUAUUUCAAUCUUUAAGUUCCGAACUAGGUAUUCCGUUGUUCUUUGAAAGUGAAAUACCUACAAAGGUAGAUAAUGGUAUUGAUGAUGAAAUUUUAAAAAAUAUAUACAUAGAAAAACCAUUGACUAAUAUUAAAGAAAAUGAUGUUGAUAGUCAAAUUACGGAAGAUGUAUGCAUAGGGGAACCAUCAACUAGUUUUGAAAAUUGUGAUACAAAUGUUGCACAACAAACAUCAGAUGUGGAUAAAAAUGUGAGAAUUAAAUUGGAACCCACAAGCCCGUAUAUCCAAUUACCUUUGUCCCCUGCAUCAAGUCAGAGUGAGUGUUAUAGACCAGAUUCACAAGUUGAAACAAGUUCUAAUGUGUCCACCUGCAAUUUUAAGACAACUCUAGAAACACCACCCAUCUCUCCUCCACAAAAUGUUUCCUCACCUAUAUCUCCACAAUCAAUUUCAAACAUAGCCAUUGCGAAACAUAUAAAACUUGAGCCUUUUAAACUUCAAGAUACGAAAGAAACAAAAUUCACCCUUUCCAAAAUAAAUUCUGCCAAACGUGUUCGAGUUCAACCAAAAGAUAAUAUUCAACUUGUCACUGAUGAACAGCCUAAGAAUGCUAUAUUUUUGAGUACACAAAAUUUUGUUGCACUUACUCAAAAAAUUAGACAGAAUUAUAUAUCAUAUCCUUUCACAACUCAUUUUACACCUAAUACAAAUAAAGAGAUUCAAACAUCAAUACAGCCUUCCUCAGUACCAAUAAAAACAGAGACAAAUACAAUUCAACAACUACAAGAGAAUAAUGUGAAAAUAACGGACAAUGUCUCUAACGUAUAUACAUUAGGAAACGAUCAAACAAUUAAUAUGAUGGAUCCACCUCUGGUUCUUAAGAAUGAAGCAGCUGGAUGUACCUCUAUAAUUGUAAAAAGCGAUUCGGAUGCAUGUAAACCGAUAAUAAUUAAAACAGAGACUUCAAAUUAUACUCCAAUUGUCAUAAAGAACGAAAUGCAAGAUGUCAAUUUUGUUGAACGACAAGAAUGUGAAAUAAAAGCACUGAAAAGGCAACAGAGAAUGAUAAAGAAUAGAGAGUCAGCUUGCCUGUCGCGAAAGAAAAAAAAGGAGUAUGUAUCUUCGUUAGAAAAACAGAUUUAUGAAUUGCAGCAACAAAAUAAGCAAUUAAAAAUGGAAAAUACAAACUUAAAACAGAAGCUUUCAUCAUUGGAACAUACAAGUGCUACUAAUAAAUUUAAAAGCUUGAACUUCAAUACGAAUAAAAAGAAUGUUGCUAUUCUUUUGGGGAUGGUUUUUAUGGUAUCUUUAAAUGUUAAUGGCUUCAAGGAUAUAUUUUCGCAAAAUAAUCAAUUGAAUAUACUAUCUAAUGACGAAUCGAUUAACGCGCAACACGCAAGACAUGGAAGAACGUUACUUUGGACAUCUAGAGAUCAAAUUCGAGAGGAAGAUGAAGAUAGUUUUCGUAAAAAUAUAUCGAUACCACAACCUAUGUGUCCAAUGUAUAUUAACCAAAGUGAAUCAAUUCGUUUAGAUUACGAAUUGAGACGAUGGAUCGGUGGAAAGUCCGAUCAAGAUAAUUUGAAAAAAGGAAAAUUAGAUGCGAGUGUUACAGGAAAGUUCCUAUCGUCGCCCUUGCAUGUAAUGCAAAAAGCUAAACGUAAACGUAACUUAUCAGAAAGAAGUAAAUCCGAAAUACAUCGAAAGAUAACUGAGCCAUCGAUAUCGAACGCGGUAGAAGUUUUUUCUCCAAUAAUAAGAAAAGAGCAUGCUUCUUUGUUCGAAGCUUUAGGGAGAAGAGAUGACACUUUUUACGUAGUUUGGUUUAGCGGGGAACAUUUGCUUUUGCCCGCUUCAAGCAAAAAUAGCACAGGCAGACCAAGGAUGUCGUUGGUACUUCCUGCGCUUCCUAUGAACGAAACGUUUUCAACACCCGCAAAUCAUAUAACUAUGAUGCAAAUUGAUUGCGAAGUUACCAAUACCCAAUUAUUGCAUUUACAACAAUCAAUUAUACCUAAUCAUUUGAAAAGUACUAAUAGAUCUGAAAGUCGUACACAUCAGCCAAAUGAUGUAUCAGACGCAAUGACGGCGGACAUAAAUAAGAAUUACAAACCAUAUUUUAUCAAGGAAACUAAACAUAAAAUGUUUCACAAAAAAGAUUUAAAAGACAUAUAUGUUGACAAAAACAGUAAAAAUUACAAUAAGACAAUCUCGUAUAUAUUGAAACAAAAAUUUAUUUCAGACUUUGACUUAGAAGAGGUAAAAACUGAAUUGUUAAAAGAUUUGAAAAAAAGCGAUUCUCAUGCGAAAUUUACGUCACAAAAGAAGCAAAAGUGAUAACUAAUAUAUAAUUAUUUAAAAAAAAUGUUUGUUUCAAUGACAUUACAUAAGUAUUAAAAAAUAAUGCACUACAAAAAAAGUAAAUAAAUAUAUCUUGUAUUUUCAAAAAGAGAAGAGCAAUUCAGACAUAAGUAAGCACACUUGAUAGUUUCGAUUUACAAUAUUUGAAUUUGAAUUUAAAAUUGCAGUUUCAUAUGCGUUUUAAAAAGGAAGAAAAAAUAAAUAAAAAUAAAUAAAAAAUAAAUAAAAACUAUAACAACGUGCAUUUUAUAUAUAUAUAUAUAUACAGAGAAAAUUACAGAAUCAUCGUUAUAAAAAAUACCUUUCAUCAUCAUACCUUCAUGUAAGAUGACUGUGUACAUAUCUGGUUUCACAAAAAUUGAACUACUUUAACAUACAAGCGUUUAUAUUUAAAUUUGAUUUGGUUGGAUGUAGUGAAGAUUUACAUAUAUCUUUUAUUUUCAAACUGAAU